AUGAUGCGUACGAAACCGACAAUGAGCAGUAUGCUGGUUCAUGUAGUGACAGGGACGACAACGAUCCCAGCGGCACAGUCAUUUGGCAAAGGCGCGUUUCGUGGAAGGCAGCAGAUUCUGCACCAGCAAACGACGUGCCUGCUUUCGAAACUAGGUGUGUAUUUUCGGAAAAUAGAUCGGAGUUCUCGCAUGUUGACUACUACAAGCAGCGUAUAUGCAGAUGACAAUAUGCUCGAAAAAGCUGAGAAAACAAACAAGAGAAUUCUGAGGGAGCGUGGAACCAUAGCUAAAGUCACUGACCAUGAAGUUAAGCAGUUAUUGGGUUGUUCAAUGUUAAGUCGGGUGAUUGACUAUCCAAGAAUACGAUUUUCUUGGAAGAGCUUGACUGUUAGUUCAGUUGCUGACAUUAUGUCACGAGAUCGGUUUUUCUUACUGAAAUUUCACCUGUGCUGCCAACUUGACGAUGACGUAAGUGAUGACGAUAAGAAAAGAGAGAGACUUUGGAGGAUAGUGACUUUCGUCGAGAUGGACGGGCUGAUUUAUGACUUUGUAAUUUACAAAGGCAAAGAUACGUUUUCAAACGUUGACCUUGGCGUAUCAGGCUACUCGGUCGAGAAGCUGUUUAAGAGAGUGCCUGCGUCUUCCACGCUUUACAUUUACCGUUGGUUUUCUUCGGUCCGUUUGUUGGACGAGCUCACGAAGAAGGACAUUUUCGGCACCAGCACUCUGAUAAAGAACAGAAUGCCAAAAGAGGCCCAUUUCACAAAUGACAGGGAUCUGUUGAAGAAAUCACGGGGCACUUCGCAGGAGCUGCUGCGACAAGACAGCACGCCGGCAUGCACGAAAUGA